AUGAUGAAAUAUUUCUAGCAUUCGUCACCACUAGCUUCUUUAUAUAGCUCAUAAAAACUGCAGAUUAGUACUAGCUUUUCGUUUUCUCUCACUCAUUUACGCUUGUUCUUCAUCUAAUUUAAGCUAAUAAGCUAAUCUAUACGUAGAACAGAAAAAAUGGCAUCUCACAUUGUUGGAUAUCCCCGUAUGGGCCCGAAGAGAGAGCUCAAAUUUGCUCUUGAGUCUUUUUGGGAUGGGAAGAGCAGUGCUGAGGAUCUGCAGAAGGUGUCAGCUGACCUCAGGGCAUCCAUAUGGAAACAGAUGGCUGAUGCUGGGAUCAAGUUCAUUCCCAGCAACACUUUCUCUUACUAUGAUCACGUGCUCGACACCACUGCCAUGCUCGGUGCUGUACCCCCAAGGUACAACUGGGCUGGCGGUGAGAUUGGAUUUGAUACUUACUUCUCCAUGGCCAGAGGAAAUGCCUCUGUCCCUGCCAUGGAAAUGACCAAGUGGUUCGAUACCAACUACCACUUCAUUGUCCCUGAGUUGGGUCCUGAUGUCAAAUUCUCUUAUGCUUCCCACAAAGCAGUGACCGAAUACAAGGAGGCUAAGGCGCUUGGUGUUGAAACUGUCCCAGUUCUUGUUGGUCCAGUAUCAUACUUGUUGCUAUCCAAACCUGCCAAGGGAGUUGAGAAAUCUUUCCCUCUUUUGUCUCUCCUUGACAAGAUCCUUCCAAUCUACAAGGAAGUUAUUUCUGAAUUGAAGGGUGCUGGUGCUUCUUGGAUCCAGUUUGAUGAGCCCAACCUUGUGAUGGAUCUUGAAUCUCACCAGUUGGAAGCAUUCACCAAGGCCUAUGCUGAGCUGGAGUCAUGUUUUGGUGGCCUUAAUGUUCUUGUUGAGACCUACUUUGCUGAUAUUCCUGCUGAAGCAUUCAAAACCCUUACUGCUUUGAAGGGAGUUACUGCUUUUGGUUUUGACUUGAUCCGUGGAACUAAGAGCAUUGAUUUGAUUAAGGGUGGCUUUCCUUCGGGCAAGUACUUGUUUGCUGGAGUUGUUGAUGGCAGGAACAUUUGGGCAAAUGAUCUUGCUGGAUCCCUCAGCACUCUGAAAUCUCUUGAGGACAUUGUUGGGAAAGAUAAGCUUGUUGUCUCCACUUCUUGCUCUCUUCUUCACACUGCUGUUGAUCUUGUGAAUGAAACCAAGCUGGACAAUGAAAUCAAAUCAUGGCUUGCUUUUGCUGCCCAAAAAGUUGUUGAAGUGAAUGCUUUAGCCAAGGCAUUAUGUGGUCAAAAGGAUGAGGCAUUUUUCUCUGCUAAUGCUGCAGCUCAAGCUUCAAGAAAAUCCUCCCCAAGAGUAACAAAUGAAUCUGUUCAAAAGGCGGCUGCUGCUUUGAAGGGAUCUGACCACCGCCGUGCUACAAAUGUUAGUGCCAGGCUUGAUGCACAACAGAAGAAACUUAACCUCCCAGUUCUUCCAACCACCACUAUUGGUUCAUUCCCUCAAACAGUGGAACUUAGAAGGGUUCGCCGUGAAUACAAGGCCAACAAGAUUUCUGAGGAGGAGUAUGUUAAGGCCAUCAAGGAAGAAAUUAGCAAAGUUGUUAAGCUCCAGGAAGAGCUGGACAUUGAUGUUCUGGUUCAUGGAGAGCCUGAGAGGAAUGAUAUGGUUGAGUACUUUGGGGAGCAACUUUCUGGGUUUGCAUUUACUGCCAAUGGAUGGGUUCAAUCUUAUGGAUCUCGCUGUGUGAAGCCACCCAUCAUCUACGGUGAUGUGAGCAGGCCCAAACCCAUGACUGUCUUCUGGUCUAGUGCUGCUCAGGGCAUGACCAAGCGCCCAAUGAAGGGAAUGCUUACUGGCCCUGUUACCAUUCUCAACUGGUCCUUUGUUAGAAAUGACCAACCAAGAUUUGAAACCUGCUACCAGAUUGCUUUGGCAAUUAAGGAUGAAGUAGAGGAUUUGGAGAAGGCAAACAUCAAUGUCAUUCAAAUUGAUGAAGCUGCUUUGAGAGAGGGUUUGCCUCUUAGGAAGGCGGAACAUGCUUUCUAUUUGAACUGGGCUGUCCACUCAUUCAGAAUCACCAACUGCGGUGUCCAAAACACAACCCAGAUCCAUACUCACAUGUGCUAUUCAAACUUCAACGACAUCAUCCACUCCAUCAUUGACAUGGAUGCUGAUGUUAUCACAAUUGAGAACUCCCGUUCUGAUGAGAAGCUCCUCUCAGUUUUCCGUGAAGGAGUGAAGUAUGGUGCUGGAAUCGGACCGGGUGUGUACGACAUCCACUCCCCCAGAAUACCGUCCACCGAAGAGAUUGCAGACAGAGUUAACAAGAUGCUUGCAGUCCUUGACACAAACAUCUUGUGGGUCAACCCUGACUGUGGUCUCAAGACUCGCAAGUACACAGAAGUGAAGCCAGCUCUUGAGAACAUGGUUUCUGCUGCCAAGCUCAUCCGGACCCAGCUUGCCAGUGCCAAAUGAGCCUUUGAAUUUCACCACCCAAUUUAUUCCUAAAUACCAGUGUUUGUGAGGAAAUGGCACUCUGUAGCUCUAGUGUGCUCCCUGAGCAUUUAUUAUUCUUUUCCACUUUUCUUUGUUUCGUCUUUUACUUUUACCUUUGCAUUUUGAAAGGAAUCUGAUAUCCUGAACUUCUCAGAGU